GGCGCCUAUUGGUUGUUGAGCAAGGGCUUUUUCUUUAGCGUUGUCUUGCUGCAUUUUGUUGCAGUCCACAGUGCAUGGCAGUCCCAGUCAGCUCAGGGGCUCUUCAAGUAUUUGAUUUAUGACCUAAGUAGCUGAGCAGGCUAGUAAGAACAGAAAAAACAAGCUACUUUGUAGGCUAGUACACUUUCAUCUUAGACUACUUUGAUUGGGUGAGGAUUUUUCUCAGCUCACGGAGUGUGAACUGUCUUAUUGUGUGACCCUCCACUCUGUCCAUCGGAGACUCUGAGACCAAAGGGGGCUUUCCCUGCCGUCUCCAGCCCAGCCUCGUCUCCCCAGCACAUGCGGCUCAGCAUGAAUGAGGCCCACAUCCUACUUGCUAGCAGCAAGUGAAACCGAGUGGGGGCCUGGGGGUCAGCACCCAGCUCAGGAACUUGAGGGCAAGGCCGUGGGGUCCUUCUUCCCACCCCGCAGGACCCUGCAGUCUCCAGCGUCACUUCCGCGGAUGUGGCCACCAGAGUCCCUGCCUGAGCCUGGAGAGUGUGCAUGGGCUUCUAAGAGCAUGAGGGAGACCUGAAGAUGGGGGCGAAGAUCCUCGAGGCCCCCAAGGAGCUCGUCCCGAACCCUUCUGGAGUCAGCAGCUACAAUCUGAAGAAAACAUUUGUUAAAAUGUACACGUGAAAUAAGAGAAAGGACACAGGGGCCAAGCUGGUUGCCCACAGGUGCCCCCACCCUGUCUCAAGGAGUGGACACCCAGUCCUGAGCCCAUCCUAAGGGGUCAGAGAUGGCCCUGACCCCCCAGUCCCCGAGCAGUUUCCCUGGGCUGGCUGACACUGGCAGCUCUGUGCCUGAGCCGCCUGGUGGCUUCAAUGCAACCCUCAACAGCUCCUGGGCCAGCCCCACGGAGCCCAGCUCCCUGGAGGACCUGGUGGCCACGAGCACCAUUGGGGCGCUAUUAUCAGCCAUAGGUGUGGUGGGCGUGGUGGGCAAUGCCUACACGUUGGUGGUCACCUGCCGCUCCCUGCACGCUGUGGCCUCCAUGUACAUCUACGUGGUCAACCUGGCACUAGCCGACCUGCUCUAUCUGCUCAGUAUCCCCUUCAUCGUGGCCACCUACGUCACCAAGGAGUGGCACUUUGGGGACGUGGGCUGCCGUGUGCUCUUCAGCCUGGACUUCCUUACCAUGCACGCCAGCAUCUUCACGCUGACCGUCAUGAGCAGCGAGCGCUACGCCGCGGUGCUGCGGCCGCUGGACACAGUGCAGCGCUCCAAGGGCUAUCGCAAGCUACUGGCGCUGGGCACCUGGCUGCUGGCGCUGCUGCUGACGCUGCCCGUGACGCUGGCCAUGAGGCUGGUGCGCCGGGGCCCCAAGAGCCUGUGCCUGCCGGCCUGGGGCCCACGUGCCCACCGUGCCUACCUGACGCUGCUCUUCGCCACCAGCAUCGCGGGGCCGGGGCUGCUCAUCGGGCUGCUCUACGCGCGCCUGGCCCGCGCCUACCGACGCUCGCAGCGUGCCUCCUUCAAGCGGGCCCGGCGGCCGGGAGCGCGCGCGCUGCGGCUGGUGCUGAGCAUCGUGCUGCUCUUCUGGGCCUGCUUCCUGCCCUUCUGGCUGUGGCAGCUGCUCGCCCAGUACCGCGAGGCCCCGCUGGCGCCGCGGACUGCGCGCAUCGUCAACUACCUGACCACCUGCCUCACCUACGGCAACAGCUGCGCCAACCCCUUCCUCUACACACUGCUCACCAGGAACUACCGCGACCACCUGCGCGGCCGCCCGCGGGGCCCGGGGAGCGGGGGAGGCCGGGGGCCGGUUCCCUUCCUGCAGCCCCGAGCCCGCCUCCAGCGCGGUUCGGGCCGUUCCCUGUCCUCCUGCAGCCCGCAGCCCACCGAGAGCCUCGUGCUGGGCCCAGUGGCCCCAGCCAGGUCUGCACCCAAGGGUCCCAGGGCUUCUACAUGAGCACCAGGAGGGGCGGCUGGAGUCCAGGCGGGUACGCGCCCCAAAGCCGGGGGCACUCCCAAGAGUCUCCCACUCCCAAUUCAGGCUCCGCCCCACUGCCUCAGUCCCCCUGCAGAAAUAUCCCGCUGGCUUCUGCUCAGCACCCUCCCCUUAAUGCCCGGAAGCACCCACCACCUCCCUGGGAAUCUCCUGGAGGCUCCACCCAGUCCCGGCUUCUGGAGUUCAUGGCUUCCUCACGGAGGGCAGCAGGCGCCAGUGCCAGUUAUGUGGAGACCGUGGCUGCUGCCGGCCCCUACUCUCCUCUCAGCCAGUGGCCCUGCAGCUCCUGUCCCUGCCUGUGCGGCUCCAUCCCUUGUGGCUUUGGCACGGGAACAAUAAACCCUGACCUGGCAUCCAUGCCCUGCCUCAACGCAGGGAUGCCACGUCUGAGGAGUGGGAGAAUCUGCCGGCAGGAUCUCUCGGACGACCUGCAGCUCAUGGAGAAGCCUGCGGGUUUGGCUGGGGUGCAGGUGCACCUGCCUUUGAGGCCUGUGCAGGCAGCUGGUCUGGCACCUGAUGUGAAGGGGGAAGGUGGCCAGGAGGGAGGCUCUGGCAGCAUAGGCUGAAGGGUGGAGCAGGAAGGCACUGCUCAGAAAAGGCCUGAGGCUUCAGGUGCAAAAAGCAAGUGUCCAGCCAAGGCCGUUGGCCGGACCUGCAGGCCCCCAGCCUCCCACCCACAUUGGGCUCAGGUCUUAUCCGGAAUGGAAUCCAGACCCCCCCCCCUCCACAGCACCCUUGGCAGUCUCUGCCCCACUCACCCCUCACUGCCUCCUGGACAGACUCUUGCCCCUGCUCCCAGCUUGGCCAACCAUCCUCUGUCUGGCAGCUGCUCCUCUCCAGCCCCCAACCAAGCCCUGGACCCUGCACAGCCUCUCCCAGCCUGGCCUCCCCUCCCCACCCCAUGGCCAUGCCCAGGCUCCCAGCCCCUUGGGGCUCCAUCUGAACACUAGGGUGGGGUCAUGCCCGCUUAGUCCCUCCAGUGCCCACCCCUCCGUGGGGUAAGCAUAGCUCACAGGCUUUGGGAAGGAGUGUGCAGCUGCUGUCCCCAGGGCCUCCUGGAAGAGGUACUAUGCCUACAGGUCUCCCCUGGAGUUAAGAGAGUGCUCUGGAACUAGACGCUGGUGACUGGGCAAUGCUGUGAUGAACCAGUGCCACAGAACUGUGCACUGAAUGUGGUUAAAAUGUGGCGACUUCUGCCAUGAGUGUUUUACCUUAAAAACAAAAAGAUCCCACUCCCAACCUUGCUCCUCUGUGAAAAUCAAAAUAGAGAUUGAUGUAUGUCCCACUCCUGAAUACAUGUAAAAUUUGUGCUAAAGUAGCUUCUUUGAAAAUGGUUUAUAACCUGUAGAUUGUAAUUAUUUGGGAGAUGGCUUACAUGUAAAAUCCCAUCUAUCUGUGCUAAAGUAUCUUCUAUGAAAAUGGUUUAUAACCUGUAGAUUGUAAUUAUCCGGGAGAUGGCUUACAUGUAAAAUCCCAUCUUUGGGUUGUGUGAUUUUUGCUUUCUCCGAAUAAAUCUGAUUAUUAAAGUUCAGGAAAAAAAAAAAAAAAAACAGCAAGUUGCU